AUUCAGUCUAUUGUGACAUUUGUAAUGUUUCAUAAUGUGUGGUUAUGUGAUCAGUUUUAAUUAAUCUCAUAGGAUAUUAUAUGUACACCGAGGCAUCGGAUCCCAGACAACAGGGAGACACAGCGAGACUAAUUACUCCAGAAAUAAACGAUGCCCCGGAUAGGGUACUGAUAUUUUACUACCAUAUGGCGGGAGAUCAUAUUGGAACAUUAAAUGUAUACCUUGGAGAGAAUGGUAAUCUGGAAAAAGUCUGGAGUAGAACAGGCGACCAGAGUGAUAUUUGGCAAAGGGUUACAUUGAAAGUACCCAAGGGAAAAAUCAGAGCUCUGUUUGAAGGUGUGAGAGGCGAUGGUAUAGCAGGUGAUAUAGCCAUUGAUGACGUCAUGUUAAUGUCGCUUACACGAACAACAUUCGCCCCACCUACACGCCCAACUUUACCCCAAACAAGACCGACAACACAGCAGACCACACCAAAUGGUAUUGUCACAACCAUGCAGUCGUCUGGAAAGGAUCCAGUUCCUAUUGCAAACCUGAGAUGUAACUUUGAAGCAGGAAUGUGUGGCUAUGAAACACAGGAUGAACGAGUUGAGUUCAGCUGGACAAGAAACCAAGGGCCAACGUCAACUGUUGGCACAGGCCCUGACACCGAUAGAACUGGAAGAAGAGAGGGUCACUAUAUGUACACAGAAGCAUCCGACCCCCAACAACAAGGUGAUAGGGCAAGAUUAAUAUCACCAGCUUUAAGAAUAGGAAAGGAUCAAGAGCUCGAGUUUUACUACCAUAUGUAUGGAAGUGAUAUGGGAGCGUUGGUCGUAUAUGUAGAACGAGAGAAUUCUGUUCCAGAAGAAAUAUGGAGACAAGCUGGAGACCAAGGUAGUAGGUGGAACUUUGCCCGCCUUAAUCUGCCUGUUGGCGAUUACAAGGUUAUAUUUGAAGGAGUUGUUGGAAGUGGAAUAAAAGGGGAUAUAGCUUUAGAUGACAUAAACAUUACUGGAGGUCUAGACAUAACAACGAAACCCCAGUCCACGACCAAAUCAACCACGGUAGAGACUACUCAGAAACCAACUACCACAGAAAGGAGCAAAACAACCGAAAUACCAUUACCAGCCGAUAGUUUUGACUGUUCUUUUGACAAUAACAACCCAUGUGGUUUCACUGAUAGAACAGGAGAUUUUCGAUGGACUCGUUUUCGAGGAAGUACCCCUUCAUCUGAUACGGGUCCAAAUCAUGACGCAACUGGGAGUGCUUCUGGUUACUACUACUACAUUGAAUCGUCGUCUCCCCAAAAGGAGGAUGAUAUUGCAAGUAUAAUGUCCGGCCCACUUGAUGUCAAACCAAACAGACAACUAGAAUUCUAUUACCACAUGAAAGGCAUAGACAUUGGAACCUUAAGUGUAUAUACAAUCUCUCCCAAUGGAGUUCUCAACAAAAUAUGGACACGAUCGGGUCAACAAGGACAAUUCUGGAUGAAAGCGCGGGUACCUAUACCGGCUGGACAAUAUAGUAUCGUCUUUGAGGGUAUCGUAGGAAGUGGUUCUAGGGGGGACAUUGCCAUAGAUGAGAUGAGAGUCAUAGGCGGUAGCAAAAUAACAACAACAAAACCAACUAAAGCAACAACUUUAAUGCCUACAACUACACUUUCGCCUACAACUGCUGCCUCUAUGAAAGAAUACCAAUGCACCUUUGAGAGAGACAUCUGUGACCUGCGUGACGACAAAGGUGUGGAGUUCACUUGGGCCAGACACAGAGGUGAUACACAAACAGAGUCAACAGGACCAUCCUCUGACAGACAUGGACAAACCGAUGGAUAUUACAUGUACAUUGAGACAUCGGAGCCACGGAAAGAAGGAGAUCGAGCAAACCUUGUUACUCCUGUGCUUGAAAUCAAGGAUGAUAACAAUGUCCUUGAAUUCUACUACCACAUGUAUGGGGAAGACGUAGGGGCGCUCAAUGUUUACACCUUACAAGAUGGGAAACGAUCGCUCGUAUGGUUCAAAAGAGGUGAGGUUGGCAACCAAUGGAAUCAGGCCAGGGUGGUGUUACCAAAGGGACGAUUGCAGCUACUAUUCGAAGGUGUCAGGGGGAAAUCUUUCAGAGGAGAUGUAGCCAUAGAUGAUAUUGAACUCACCGAUGGUCGAAAACUAACUACGCAAUACACGACCAAGACCACUAUGAUGAGUUUACCAACUACAAGACCAACCAAUCCCCCUGUUGUAUCUACAACCGCCGUCAUCAGCACUGACUAUACAUGUACAUUUAGAGACCCCGCCUUGUGUUUCAUAGAUGAUGGACCUGUGGAAUUCAAGUGGACCAAACAUAAAGGUUCAACACCAACUGGAGACACUGGACCAAGCGCGGACAGUUCAGGGGAUCCAAACGGGUACUAUAUGUACAUUGAAACAUCAGACCCUAGAAAAGAAGGAGACAGAGCGCAUCUUGUCACUCCAGAAUUCAGAGUUGAAGAAGACAAAGUGUUGAGUUGGGACUAUCACAUGUGGGGAAAACAUAUUGGGGCUCUGAGAGUUUACACAUUAAAGGAUGGCAACGCUGAAGAAUUGUGGAAUAAAACAGGGGACCAGGGGAAUAGAUGGUACAGGGCUUUGGUUAACCUACCAAGGGGAACGUAUCGUUUAGUCUUUGAAGGGGUGCGGGGAAACGGUUUCUAUGGCGAUGUCGCAAUCGAUGAGCUAUCAGUCAGAAGAGGACGUGCUGAAAGCUCAACAACGGCUUCACUUGAUACAACUACCGCUAAAACCACAUCUUCAAAACCUACCACCUCAACCAGUAUUACAAUUACAGCGAAACCUAAACCUGGUAGCGAAUACAGCUGUAGCUUCAGGAAUGAUAUGUGUGAUAUGAUCGAUGGUGGUAGAGACUUCAAAUGGACCAGAGGAAAGGGAAACACGCCAACGGGACAGACUGGGCCUUCUGCAGACAGGAACGGUGAUCAGGGUGGAUAUUACAUGUUUAUUGAAACUUCCUCACCAGUCCAAGAUGGGGACCGUGCACACCUAAUGACGCCUCUGUUGACCAUGUCAGCUGGUGAUAAGUUGGAGUGGUACUACCAUAUGUAUGGGGCUGACAUUGAUGAACUGAAUGUCUAUAGGAAAGACGGCGACAUACUUACACGACUAUGGGGAAGAUCUGGUGAAAUUGGAAAUGUUUGGAAUCUUGGUUCAGUGACCCUUCCUGCUGGGACAUAUCAGCUUGUGUUUGAAGGGGUGCGUGGGGCCAGUUUCAGGGGAGACAUUGCAAUUGAUGACAUACGAAUAGGAUCUUCGGGAUUAGACCCAACCCCAAAAGCUGAUAAAGUGGAUUUGGUGUUUAUUAUUGACGCCAGUGGUAGUGUUGGCAACAACAACUUUGAUGAAAUGAAGCAAUUCGUUCAGGAUAUUAUACAAAGUAUGGAUAUUGGAUUUGAUGAUUCUAGAAUUGCUGUUGUCACGUAUAGCGAUGAUGCUAGGGUUGAAUUCUACCUCGAUGAGUACUAUUCUAUCUCCGACAUACUCCCUGUCCUCGCCAAGAUGACGUAUAGGGGCGGAGCUACAAAUACCCAGGCUGCGAUAAAGAUGGCUCGGGAAAUAGUAUUCCAAAACAAUAGAGGAGAUCGGUCUGAUGUCCCUAACGUUGCAAUGGUCCUUACUGAUGGAAAAUCUACUGUGAACGCAGGGAAUACGAUUCCAGAAGCAAAUAAGGCUAAAAUCAUUAAUAAUAUUGUAAUGUUUGCGAUUGGAGUCGGGAGCGAAAUUGAUGAGAAUGAGAUACAAGGAAUCGGAUCCCCAAAUGGUCAACAUAAGAUUAUUGCAAAGGAUUUCUCAGUCUUAUACAACCUCAAAGAUGUCAUUAUUGAGGGAAUGAUGACAGAUGCAACGAAUGAGUGCUCGGACAGUCCCUGUAGGAAUGGAGCAAAAUGUGUUGAUUUACUGCAUGACUACAUGUGCGAAUGCCGUACAAACUACUAUGGCAUUAAUUGCGAAAAACAAAAAUUGUCCAACAGGCGAAACAGUGCAGAUGUUGCAAUUCUUAUUGACGCCAGUGGCAGUAUUGGUACUGAUAGUUAUAUGAGGAUUCUCGAAUCAAUCAAAAUGGUGGUAAAUCAACUGGAUAUUGGAAUGAAUAAAUAUAGAGUCAGUGUUAUUAAUUUUGCUGACAACGCCACAGUUGAGUUUCACCUUGAUGAGCACACCAAUCGAAAUGAUAUUCUCGAAGCAGUGAGUCUUAUUGGGUUUGUAAACGGUGCUACUAAUACAGCUGGUGGCAUCAGAAGAAUGAGGGAACAGGUGUUUAAUGGGCAAAAUGGUGACAGACAGGGCGUCCAAGAUAUUGGAGUUUUGAUAACUGAUGGGAGAUCCACAGUCAAUACCGGAAGUGUAUUGGCAGAAGCGAGACUUGCAAUGCAGGCUGGGAUACACAUUUAUGCAAUAGGUAUCGGGGAUGACAUCAAUAUGGCAGAACUGAAUGGAAUAGGGAGUGACCCGGAUGAUGAAAAUGUAUUGUUUAUCCCUGGUUUUGCAAUAACAUCAAAUUUGGUCGGGUGGUUAGCUGAAAAACUAAAUCACGAUGGAGAUGAGUGUUCUAGCUCACCUUGUCAAAAUGGAGGGAAGUGUAAUGACUAUGUGAACUCAUUCUCAUGUGAUUGUCCAUUUGGAUUUUCUGGAAAGCGAUGUGAUAAAAGAUGCAGUUCAUCAAAUGCAGAUAUUGUUAUUGCCUUGGAUUCUUCUGGAAGUAUAGGGGCUAACAACUUCACGAAGAUACUUACAUUUAUCCAAGAGCUUAUUCAUAAUUUUGACACUAAUGAUAAUGGUGUAAGAGUGGCAUUACUUACUUAUUCAGAUCAAAGCAGACAGAGGUUCGAUCUGAACACAUAUCGCAAUAAAAUGGAUUUGAUAUCCGCAGUCGGAACAUUGCCAUAUACAGGUGGCGCUACUCAUACUGCAAGCGCAUUGCGCAUGCUCAGAACUCUACUUUAUGGUGACGGUAGUAGGAAUAAUGCCGAAAAAUAUGGAAUUCUAAUAACUGAUGGUAAAUCAAAUGUUCUUGAAGAUGCAACAGUCCCAGCGGCCAAUGCUGUAAAAAACAACAAUGCGCGGCUCUUGGUGGUUGGAAUCGAGAAAAAUAUUGACAUAAAAGAAGUGAACCAGAUUGCCUCAGAUCCCAAUAAGGACAAUGUAUUCCUGGUGCCAACAUUUAAUGCUCUAUCAUCUUAUGUUGAUUCAAUUUCAAAUAUUAUUUGUUGAUCAAUUUGAAAAAUUCUGCUUUAAUUAAACUAGUCUCACCUAUAAUCGCCUAAGAACCCUCUUUAGAAUCGAAAAAGCGUAAGAAUAAUGCGCUCAUACGCUGUUGUGUAUACAGGUAUAAGCAUGCUCAUUAUUGGCUUUCUUGUAAGCACAAAUUAUCAUGUAACUUUUAUUUAAACAGACACUACAUAAAAUAAAUUAUAAAUAAUAUAAAUAAUUGUGAUAUAAAGUACUG